AUGCCUUACAACCUUCGCGGUCGAAAUGUGCUUGUCGUCGGCGGGGCUAGGGGAAUCGGAGCUCUUGUAGCGGAGAAAUUUGCUGCCGAAGGUAGUAAUUUGGCGAUCAAUUAUCUCUCUAGUCAAGAGCAGGCCGAAGACCUGGCUGGGAAGAUGGUCAAGGAGCAUGGUAUUCAAGCAGUCACCAUUCAAGGAGACGCUAGCGUGGCGCAAGACUGUGUGCGACUAGUCCAGGAGACGAUCCGACAGUUGAACGGGUUAGAUGUUAUCAUCUCCAACGCGGGCUGGACGAAAUUUACCGAGUUUGGCGAUCUUGACGCAAUGAACGAAGGGGAGUGGGAUAAAUGCUGGACCACGAAUGUUAAGAGCAAUCUCUUCUUAUUCAAAGAGGCCACUCCGACGUUGAAUGCAAACCCUGAUGGGGGCGUCUUCAUUGCAACCUCGUCCAUUGCGGGCAUCAUGCCUGGUGGAAGUAGCAUGGCUUACUCCGUUACAAAGGCUGCUGGGUUACAUCUCUUGCAAUGUCUCAAGGCCUCCCAAGGGCCAAAGGUCCGGAUAAACGCCGUUCUCCCCGGCUUACUCCUGACUGACUGGGGUGCCCGGUUCUCCGAUGAGCAAGUCACGGCGUGGAAAGAGAGGUCCACGUUGAAGCAUGAAGUCUUUCUCGACGAUUGCGCCGACAUGUACAUUUCGCUUGCCAAGAACACCUCCAUGACUGGCCAACAAAUUGUGAUCGAUUGUGGAUAUGCUUCAUGA